AAUAAUUGAUGCAUGUAAAGGGAAACACACACACCGAAAAGCAAAGUGUUAGUAGUUACUUUUGGUACGUUAAUGGGUGGCGAAGGUCGAAGCGAAUCAUUCUCUUGAUGUGUUGCCCAUAAACCAUGUGAGCUGCUCCGCUCCUGAGAGAGUUUCCCAUGCUUGUUUGUCACGAUAAUGAUGGCUAGCUAGCAGGGUUCAUUCAAAUGGUCAACCUUUGUAUAGAGAGAAAUAUGGUGUUUCAUGAUUUUCAUGCCCUAAGAUUCGUUUCUUGAUCGAUUAUCACACCCUCCUCCCCCUUAAACACAAAUAAAAAGUCUCAGCUCAUUCUCUUCCCAUUUCUCUCAGACGACGUACUCUCCCCACCUGAUCCAUCGUUUCCUCUUCCUUUUCUAUUCCCUUCGUUUUAUAAGAGACUGCUCUUGCUUACACCUAAUAAUGGGUUGUCUUGAUGAUGGGUGCAGUACUGGCCUUGUUCUGGGGUUAGGCCUCAUACCUUUAACAGACCUAGAGAGUACAUCAAAGCCAGAUGAUUACAGCAAUCGACUUAUAAGGCCUCAGAUUAAGCCAUCCCUCAAGUUUGACCACAAGCCAUUAACGAGUACAAGUUUUGAGCCGUCACUCAGUUUGGUUCUUUCUUCUGAAACUUAUAGCCAUGGUUCUCGCCAAAAGACCAUGGAUGGAGAGAAAGGUUGUGAGGAGUCUAUUGUUGCUCAUGAUCUGUUGUAUCGUCAAGCUUCUCCUGAUCAGAGCGCUGUUUCUUCUUUCUCUAGCGGUAGGGUUAAGAGGGAAAGAGACCUUGGCUGUGAAGAUAUAGAGGUAGAGAGGAUUUCUUCUAGAGUGAGUGACGAGGAUGAAGAUGGAACCAACGCCAGAAAGAAACUUAGGCUCACCAAAGAGCAAUCUGCCCUUUUGGAGGAAAGCUUCAAACAACACAGCAACCUCAAUCCUAAGCAGAAGGAAGCUUUAGCAAGGCAGCUGAAUCUACGGCCGAGACAAGUAGAAGUAUGGUUUCAAAACAGGAGAGCCAGGACAAAACUCAAGCAAACUGAAGUGGACUGUGAGUUCUUGAAGAAGUGCUGUGAAGCACUAACAGAUGAGAAUAGGAGGUUACAAAAAGAGCUACAAGAACUUAAAGCACUGAAACUGGCACAGCCCUUUUACAUGCACAUGCCAGCAGCCACUCUAACCAUGUGCCCAUCCUGUGAAAGAAUCGGUGGUGGUGGUGAUGGUGCUUCAAAGAGCUCCUUCUCCAUGGUUCCAAAGCCUCACUUCUAUAAUACCUUCACCAAUCCUUCAGCUGCAUGUUAAUGAAGGUGCCACGACAUGUAUAAGAGAGGAAUAAACAUAGCUUAUUAAUUAGACCAACCCCCACAAUCCAUCUGUUUUUUGGUUAAGGGCCGGCUUGUACUGGAAGAUUAGUGUAAGUAAUUAUUUUUUAGAAAAUAUUAAUUACGGAUAAAUUUCCCUUCUCCUUAA